AUGUCUGGAAAAUCUAACAAACAAAAACAAACAAAACAAACCAACCCACUUAUUGUUGCUAAUAAGAAGGUAUUUGGAAAAGGUAAUGUAGCUCAUCCACGUGAUUUGACCAGAUAUGUUAAAUAUCCACUAUAUGUUAGAAUUCAAAAAGAAAAGAGAUUAUUAAUGAAAAGAUUAAAGACCCCACCAGCAGUCAACAUCUUUGCUAAUCAUACUCUUGAUAAAAGUAAUGCUACUCAAUUAUUCAAAAUUCUUGAUCACAUUAAACCAGAAGAAAGAGCUGCUAAAUUACAAAGAAUUAGAGCUGCUGCUAAAGAAUUAGCUGAAAAAACACAAAAAGGUGAAAAAGCUACUGCUUCAAAGAAAACUGAAAAACCAGCUACCCUUAGUUAUGGUAUUAAUAAUGUUGUUAGAUUAAUUGAAAGAAAACAAGCUAAAUUAGUUGUUAUUGCUCAUGAUGUUGAACCAUUAGAAAUGGUUGUUUAUCUUCCAUACCUUUGCAAGAAAUUACAAGUCCCAUAUUGUAUUGUUAAAGGAAAGGCUAGACUUGGACAAUUAAUUCACAGACCAACUGCUGCAGUUGUUGCUGUUACUGAAACUAAGAAAGAAGACAAAGCUGCAUUUGAAUCACUUGUUCAAAACGUCAAAUCUAUUUACUUCGAGAAUGCUCAUAUGUACAGAGAAUUCGGUGGUAGAAUUAAUGGAUUCAAACAUAAUGAAAAACAAAAGAAGAUUCAAAAUAAACUUAAUAAAGAUCUUGCUGAUAAAGCAAAACAACAAGCUGCUUUAACUGUUACCACUGCUGUCGAAGAAAAAGCUGCUCCAGUUGCUGAAGAAAAGAAGGCUGACAAGACUGCUUAA